AUGCCUGUUAAAGCGCUUGAAAAAUGUGUUCGUGAUCUGAUGCAGACUGUGCUUGAUCUUCAGAAUAAAGUGAUUUCACUCGAAUCAGUGAUAUUAGAGCAAAAUCAGCUUAUAAAACAGUUCGCGAAACCGAUUCAUAUUUCGAAUCUUGUGGCAACUACCGACAAUUCUGAAUCCAAAAGUGAGGUAGAUUCGAAGAAACGGCCUGGGCGCACGAAUCGGCAACGUGCGGCCUCAUCCGCUUUAACGCCGGUGCUGGAAGUGCAAGCGGGACAAAGCGACCGCUCACAGAGCUCCUCUCCGCUACCUACAUGCACUACUCCGCAACUCACCGCUUCAAUGUUUGACGCACGGCUCUCUGGCGAAGCUAGCACUACACUACAAGCGAACGCUACGCGUACAAAUGAUUCGAGCGUCCGCGAUGAGAAUCCUCAGUGGGAGAAUGUGACUCACCGACGUACUGCUCGCUCGCGUCGCACAUCGCACGAUAGCAUAGCUCGAGGUACGGCGGCGCCCGGUUCAACAUCUUUGGAGGCAUCGGAACGUAAAGCUUAUUUACAUGUUUACUACUUGAAGUCGGGGACAACAGUUGAACAAAUGGUAAAUCACUUAAUGACCAUUUGUCCCAAUGACGUUUGCCGAGUAGAGCAAUUAAAA